CCAAGCAGCCGGUUUAGUCAAGCCUACCCCUUUCCCCAUCCCACAUCUCACCUCGCCUCUAUACAACCCCCUCCUCCUCCUCCUCCUCCUCCAACAAAAAAGCAAAACAAGUCCAAAAAAAAGAUGCACUCCUCAACACCCAUAAUCCUCGCCCUGGUCGCCCAGGCGGCGUCGCACGGCAUGGUGACGUCGCCAGCGACGCGGCAGCCGGGCCCGGCGGCAGCGGCGGUGUGCGGGCAGACGAUGGUGGACCACUACACGGCGGACGGGACGUCGUACCCGGAGAACCUGCAGCGGAACCCGGCGUGGAACGGGACGGGGUACGACGCGGCGCUGUGCAACCUGUGGCUGUGCAAGGGGUACCAGUUUGACGACAACAAGGCGCAGGUCCAGCGCUACGCCGCCGGCGACGUCGUCGACUUUGCCGUCAACAUCCGCAUCCCGCACAAGGGGUUCGCCAACGUCAGCAUCGUCGACCUGGCCGCCAACGAGGUCGUCGGCGAGCCGCUCAGGGUCUGGGCGGACGGCUACGCCGACCCAGCCAUGUUUCCCAACCUGCCCAGCGAUCAGGUCGAGUUCAACGUCACGGUGCCUGAGUUGGGCGGCCGCUGCGUUGAGGCUGGGGCUUGUGCUCUGCAAUGGUAUUGGUUUGGUCAGGGGCAGACUUACCAGUCAUGCGUCGACUUUACCCAGGAAGCAUAUGUUCCGGCAAUCAGAGGACGCCACCCUUUGUAA